AUGGGCGCCAUUAAUCCUCAAGAGGACUCUUAUCUUGCGCAGGUCCCUGUCGAGUUGCUCUUGCGCAUCACUCGCUGGAUCAGGACCAGUGACCUCGCCAACGUCCGAUUGAGUUGCAAGUGUCUUGAGAGGAACCUCUUCAAUUUCUUUGCACAUGAGUUUUUCCGCAAGAGACAGUUCAUGGUCUCUGUCCAAAGCUUGCAGACCCUCGUAUCUAUCUCCAAGCACAGCACACUUGCUCCCUUUCUCAAGCAUGUCAUCAUUUGCACGGAUCGGGUUGGAAACAGCUGGGAAGCAAACAAACUCCCAGCUGAGAAGCAUCGCAUUUGGCUACGCGCAGAGGCGGAGCAAAAUAAUUUGUUCGCUACGGGCCUACUGCGAGAUAUGCUUGCUGAAGCUUUUGCGGCGCUCCCACAUCUCGGAACCGUUGACUUAAGGGACUUCAAUUCCGAGACUCGGAAUCGAGACAACGGAUCUUGGCGGAGUUACGGUGCAGCAACCUUGGAAAAGUCAAUAGGCCUGAGGCUGGAGACCGGCGUAGACAACGGGCAGCUGAUGUCAGACACAUACCCCACAAGGGUUUUCACCGCCAUUAUCUCUGCACUGGGAGCUUCUGGUGCUCAGCCUAAUACUAUCGAGGUCAACCUAAGGGACAAAAAUUGGGGCCUCCAUGACAGCGCCUUUGCCAUACCUCCGCCCUUGGAACCAAAGCUGGCGCCCAUCCUCGCCAACCUCAAGACUCUUCAUCUAUGUUUCUGCAUCAAGGACCAUUUUUUCAUGAUCCACGACUUUUUGACCAUGGCAAGAAACGUCACAUGGCUCCGACUCAACUUCAAUCAUCAAUCAUCACCGCAUGAUCGGACGGAGCUGGGGCCCGUGUUGUUCAAAUGGCUUGAGCAGCCAGAAUCAGACACUCCUCUCAAUGAUAUCGAUAGAAAGCCGGUCUCCUUCCCGAAUCUAGAAAGACUUGACAUCGGAUGGAUAAGCGUGGCCCCUCAACCCCUCCUCACCCUUAUCACCAAGUUCAGCCCAACACUCAAACACCUCUGCCUGCGGCGUGUGUCCCUUUGCCACUCAGAGCGUGACUCACAAACCGAGACGAAUCCGUGGGUCGCCUUUUUCAAUAGCUUGAAGAAAGUUCGAGGGAUUAAGCUAAGGGUGCUGGAGCUGAGUGACAUCUAUCAUGGGAAACCGAAAAUUGCGCACUGGCAAGAUCUCAUCACAUUCGAGGCUGAUCAGGAUGGUGCCAAGAAACCCCUAUGGGCCCGCAAGAACUGGAGAGGAACAACAGACCGAGUGAGUCUCGCGGCGAUGAUCAAAUCUGUCAACAACAGCAUGGUCUGCCCUUGGGAACAUCGAUACAGCGGUUCGGACGUGGAUAUGGAUGGUGACUCGGAAGACGAUGAGGAUGAUUUCUCGGAAGACGAUGGGUAUGAUGAGACGGAUGAGUUGGAGGAGUAG